AGGUUCCAGAUCUGAGAGAGGAUAAAAAUCCGCCACCUUUUUGAACCAAGCUCCAUUUUCUUUCCGUCCGUGUUCGUCCCCACCGAAAUUCCUGUCACAGAAAACCAGGAAAAAUCAAAAACCAUCAACGGUAGCUUCUGUAUAAAUACUUUCGAGAAUCCUCUGGUUCCAUCUCUCUCGUUGUUCAUCUUCAUCAUCGAGAAAGAUCAAUUAAAGAAACAUCAGAAGAAAAAUGUUGGCUAUUUUUCACAAAACUUUUGCUCAUCCGCCGGAGGAGCUUAACAGUCCUGCUUCUCAAAAAACCAGCAAGAAACCUAAGCUACCUGAUGAAACCCUCAAUGAUUUUCUCUCUCAUCAUCCUCACAACGCUUUUUCCAUGACCUUUGGUCAAGCUGCUGUUCUUGCUUAUGUCAAAUCUGACAACCCCUUUUCCCUUCACCAAAGGUUGUUCUGUGGUUUCGACGAUGUAUACUGUAUUUUCCUGGGUGCUUUGAACAACCUCUGCCAUCUGAACAGACAAUAUGGUUUGACGAAGAACUCUGACGAAGCCAUGUUUGUGAUUGAAGCCUAUCGGACACUGCGUGACCGGGGUCCCUACCCUGCUGAUCAGGUUGUCAAAGACAUGGACGGCAGCUUUGCGUUUGUUGUCUACGACAGCAAAGCCGGCUGUGUCUUUGCUGCACUGGGUUCUGAUGGUGGAGUUAAGCUCUACUGGGGCAUAGCAGCUGAUGGGUCUGUGGUGAUAUCUGAUGAUUUGGAGGUCAUAAAAGAAGGCUGUGCCAAAUCAUUUGCUCCUUUCCCAACCGGGUUUAUGUUUCAUAGUGAAGGUGGGUUGAUGAGCUUCGAGCAUCCGACGAACAAGAUAAAGGCAAUGCCGAGAAUUGACAGUGAAGGAGUGCUGUGCGGAGCUAAUUUUAAGGUCGAUAUGUACACCAGGGUGAACAGCAUUCCUCGCCGGGGAAGCGAAGCUAAUUGGACUCUCGGCGAUUCUCAUUAGCUGAAUCAUUAAAAUUUUCGAAAACCUAAUCAAGUUACAAGCUACCCGUGCUCUACACUGUUUAUGUUUCUCCAUCUUCUGUUCUUCUCUUCUUUCUCCUUUCUUGUUCUGUUCCAUGUUCAUCUUCCUAAAAGGAAGAGUACACGAAUGUAAAUACUGGGUUUAUGAGCAUUUAUAUGUAGAAUCCAUGAUUUGUCGUUCACUUUAAUUUUUCAUGUUGUUAGUGAAGAAGCUUUAUUAAA